AUGGCAGAAGGUCAAAGCACAGGUAACGCGAUCACAUUAACGAACGAACAGUUUGCUGCCCUUCUACAACAGAUACAAAUAUCUGCCGGAAACGUCCCUGUCGCAAACAUCGCGCAAAAACAAGGUAAUUUUUCACGAUGCACUACACGAUUCGACGGAAGCAAGACGUCCAAUGUAGAAGCAUUUAUUGACGCGAUCGUCACAUAUAAAAAAUGUACUAAUACAUCUGACGAAAACGCGUUGAAAGGGUUACCGAUCCUCCUCACGAACAUCGCCGCGACAUGGUGCCAAGGUGUUAAACACACGGUUAAUAGCUGGGAUACCGCGAUAGAACUGUUAAAACAAACUUACGGACCCAAAAAACCGGCGUAUCGAAUAUAUAAAGAACUAUUCGCCGGCGAACAGGAAGAGGCCACAUCAACAGACAUAUUUAUAUGCAAAGCGCGUGCGUUACUGUCGAAAGAUAUGGUUUACGGAUUAUUAGUAUAUAAAAUCCGCAAGGAAAUACCACGCGAUAAAGUCACGUCAUUCACGGAACUGCUAGACCUCGCCAGAGAAGUCGAAAUGGCUAGAGUCGAAAAAGAUUACAAAAUACCCAAGCCGCCAUCGUCGCCACGUAAAAACGAAACUCGACCGCGUU